AUGACGAUGCUGGCCUGUUUCCUUCCUGCUGCAAGGGUCAAGAUCAUCGGGCAAACUCUAGGACCGAAAGCACUAUCUCGACAGCCAGCCUCACGAAGUUUCCACUCCACCAAGAUGAGCAGCAGCCACCCUGAGCCACUAGUCUCGCUAGUCUCCCCUCAAGACGUCCAAGCCCAAGGAAUCAAGAAUUUCAAGAUCUUGGAUAGUUCGUUUCAUCUGCCUAAUUCAGGCCGAUCCGUUCUUGACGAGUUCCGAAAAGGGCCAAGACUUCCAGGCGCCAGAUUGUUCGACCACGAAGUUGUCGCCGAUACCUCCUACACUAUCGAUGGCACCACCAAACUCGGACACAUGCAGCCCGAUCUUAGCACCUUUAAACGUGAGGUGGAGCGCUUGGGCAUCACUAGAAAUGACCAUCUACUCGUAUACGACUCCGUUGGCAUCUUCUCGGGCCCUCGUGCGGCUUGGCUCUUAAACGCCUAUGGUCACCCCAAGGUCUCAGUUCUGGAUGGCGGCUUGCCGCGGUGGAUCAAAGAAGAGUGUCCCGUCGAAACCGGGGCACCGAUCCAGCCCGACAAAUCAGACUAUGAGCUUCCGGGAUUCGACGAGGCGCUCGCGCGCGGGAAAGUGAUACCAUAUGACGCCCUUGUUCGUAACUUCAAGGACUCCGCUGAAGGAGAAAGGAUGUGUGUCUUUGAUGCACGUCCCCGAGGCAGGUUUCUCGGCACCGAUCCCGAACCGAGGCCCGGAUUAUCAUCAGGUCAUAUGCCACAUUCCCUCUCGCUUCCAUUCACAACCUUGUUAACUCAACCGAGCGACUCGGAGCCCUACCGCAAAUAUCUAAGCCCCGAUCAGCUCGAGAAAGUCUUCCUGAAGACCCUGAACAACGAUCAUCAGAAAUGGGAGCAGAUCAAACACGGCCAGAAAGGGGUCGUCGUCACCUGCGGAAGCGGCAUGACCGCCUGCAUCAUCUGGCUCGCGCUUCGUCUCUGUGCCCCUAACGCACAUCAUCCCAGACUCUAUGACGAAAGCUGGACCGGAUACGCGCUCAGAAAAGACGCCCAAAUCCUCAAAUCCUCUUAA